AUGAGCGAAGUGGAUAACGAAAAGUUAAAUGAUAUCUGGAGAAAUGGAUGGCAGAAUAUCGACUAUGCUACUAACAUAUCGGUUGAAUCAAUUUUGGGCAAUCUACGAAAUUUAUUCCUUGAAAAAUUUCAUUUACUCAAUGAGCCUGAAAAAAAAGAAUUAAUGAGUCGGUUCGACUCUUUCGCAGACAAAUGGCAUGUCGAACAUCAAGAUAAGAGUCCCAAAUUAUGCGAAAGGUGUCAGGGUUGGGCUUAUGCCUCUCAAUAUUGUGAGAACUGUAUUCGUGAUUUUUUUAAGAAAAAUUUUGGAAAUUGGACUUCAGGCAAUGGCGAAAUCGACAAGGUUAUUCAAGAUGCUCAGUUAAAUGCAACGUGUCCAGACGUGGUGACCGAAUGGGUACCUUUUAAUGAUCUGGAGAAAGUUGAACAUAAGACCGAAAGUUCUCGUUCCAUUAUUUACUCGGCAGUCUGGAAUAAAGGACCAUUUAACAAAUAUAAUCCAGAAACUAAUGCGGUUGAACGAUUAGGUGCAACAACUAUUAUCCUUAAGAAAGUCAAGAAUUCAGAUAAAAUGGAUGAGGAUUGGUUUAAAGUAUGUGUUAAAUGA